AUGCUGAAGAUGAUGAUGCGGAAUAUAGCUGCUUCUUCUUCUUCUUAUUGCACCAGCAGGAGAUGGAGAGGUAUGCCUUGUCUUCACUCGAACUCCACUGUUGUUGUUUUGGCCAACGAUUACUGUGCUUUCCUUCACUCUCAACCUUCUAAACCAAUCAAAUCUAUAAGAACCCAACUAGAGCAGCCAGUGAGAAACUCACCCAAAAUAACAACUGUAGAGGAUGCUUUCAAUGUGUUUGAUAGAAUGCUUCAAAUGCGUCCUCCGCCUUCAGUUGUUCGUUUCAAUCAAAUAUUGGGUCAAGUUGCGAAAUUGAAACAUUAUUCGGCCGUCAUCUCAUUGUAUAACCAAAUGGAUGUGUCGGGAAUUGGACCUGAUGUUUAUACUCUAAACAUUCUCAUAAAUUGUUAUUGUCAUCUAAACCAAAUCGGGUUUAGUUUAUCUGUAUUGGGAAAAUUCUUCAAACUUGGUCUUGAACCAGAUGUCUUUACCUUCACCACUCUAAUCAACGGCUUUCUUCUUGAGAAUAGAGUGGCGGAGGCGGCAACCCUUCUCCACAAGAUGAUGAGGGGAGGUAAUUGUCAGCCUAAUGUGGUUACUUAUGGCACGCUAGUAAAGGGCUUUUGCAUGAAAUGUAACAAUAGUGCUGCUAUUCAGUUGCUUAGGAAGAUGGAGGAAGGAGCUUGCCAGCCUAGCCUAAUUGUCUAUAACACAAUCAUCGACAGUCUUUGUAAGGAUACACUAGUGGAUGAUGCAUUUAACCUCUUCUCAGAAAUGAUGAGCAAGGGCGAGUGGAAAGAAGCUACAAGGUUGUUGAAUGAAAUGGUGAGUAAAAAUAUCUUUCCAAAUGUGUUCACAUUCAGCAUCUUGGUAGACACAAUUUGCAAGGAGGGGAUGGUCGUGGAAGCAGAAGGUGUGGUUGAAAUGAUGAUUCAAAGAGGUAUUGAACCAAAUACAGUUACGUACAGUUCACUCAUGGAUGGUUACUGUUUGCGAGGAAGAAUGGACGAAGCGAAAAAGGUUUUUGAACUAAUGCUUAGCAAGGGCUCCAUGGUUGAUGUUGUUAGUUACAGCACAUUGAUAAAUGGAUAUUGUAAGCAUAAAAAGAUUGAUGAGGCCAUGAUGCUUUUUCUGGAUAUGUCUCAUAAGGGACUAGUUGCAGAUACCGUUACCUUUAACACUCUUCUGGAUGGUUUUGGCAAAGCAGGUAGAAUACAGGAUGCACAAAAGUUGUUCUCCGAGAUGCAAGCUUGUGGCCAGCUUCCAGAUGUUCAGACUUAUUCUAUUUUACUGGAUGGCCUGUGUAAAAACCAACAACUUUCUAGGGCAAUGCAAUUGUUUGGAGAGAUGGAAGCGAAGAAGUUGGAUAUUAAUAUUGUGAUUUACAGUAUUCUUGUUGAAGGUUUGUGCAUAGCUGGAAAAAUUGAAUCUGCAAGGGAUCUCUUUUGUGGCUUAUCAUCAAAAGGACUUGAACCUAAUGUGAGGACAUACACUAUAAUGAUUAAUGGACUCUGUAUCGUGGGCCUAACAAGUGAAGCAGAAAAUUUGCUUAUCCAAAUGGAAGAGAAAGGCUGUUCUCCAAAUGCUUACACCCAUAACACAAUUAUCCAAGGUUUUAUCAAUAAUAAUGAGACAUCAAGGGCCAUGGUACUUAUUCAACAAAUGGUGGAUAAGGGUUUCUCUGCAGAUGCAUCAACAACGGAGUUGAUAGUUCAUUUACUGUCGAAAGAUGAAGUGGAUCCUGCGUUGUUGCCGUUAAUAAAGUAA